CCCAUGCGGUUCUUGCCAUGACUCCACCCGCCCAGCUGAGCCUCCUCGCGGCGUGGAUCUUCCUUUGGCUGCUGCAGCGCAACACAGGUCUGAAAUGUGUGUGCCCGCUGUGCGACGACGGCGUCUGCGAGACGUCGGCCGACGGCGCCUGCUGGAACUCGGUCAUGUUGAUCGACGGCCGGGAGAAGACGGCGCAGUCGUGCCUGUCGCCGUUGGAGAUGAAAGGUCAGGUGUUCUGCUACAGCUCCCCCAGCGUCUCCAGGAGGGAGUGCUGCUUCAGCCACUUCUGCAACAACCAGACCCUGCACUUGCAGCCCGAGAGGCCUUUGGGAGAUCCAGACAGGAGCAGCAGGCUGCAGCUGCUGCUGGUGAUAGCGGUGCCCUCCUGCCUGCUGUGCGUGGCCCUCGUACUCGGGGGGGUGUUUCUGGUGCAGAGUCAGCGCUGCCUGUACAGCAGGGCCCAGAAACACGACCCGGAAGAGGCCCUGGACGACCACAUGCUCAUGUCACCUGACAAGUGUCUCAAAGAUCUCAUCUACGACAUGAGCACCUCCGGCUCUGGAUCAGGACUCCCCCUGCUGGUCCAAAGAACAAUCGCCCGCACCAUCGUCCUGCAGGAGAGCAUCGGGAAAGGGCGGUUCGGAGAGGUGUGGCGGGGAAAGUGGCGAGGAGAGGACGUCGCUGUGAAGAUCUUCUCCUCCAGGGACGAGAGGUCGUGGUUCCGUGAAGCGGAGAUUUAUCAGACCAUCAUGCUCAGACAUGACAAUAUCCUGGGCUUUAUCGCGGCCGACAACAAAGAUAAUGGAUCUUGGACGCAGCUUUGGUUGGUGUCAGAAUACCAUGAACAUGGCUCGUUGUUCGAUUACCUGAACAGGUACACCGUGUCGGUGGAGAGCAUGAUGCUUCUUGCCUUGUCCAUAGCCAGUGGACUGGCUCAUCUCCACAUGGAAAUCAUUGGCACACAGGGGAAGCCAGCCAUCGCUCACAGGGACCUCAAGUCUAAAAAUGUCCUGGUGAAGAAGAACGGCACCGCUGUCAUCGCAGAUUUGGGCUUGGCCGUGAAACACGACUCCAGCAGCAACAGCAUUGACAUACCGUCCAACCACAGAGUGGGAACCAAGAGGUACAUGGCCCCCGAAGUCCUGGACGAGACGAUCAACGCCAACAAUUUUGAGUCCUUCAAGCGAGCGGACAUCUACUCCUUGGGUCUGGUGUUUUGGGAAGUGGCCCGGAGAUGCUCCGACCGAGGACUUCAAGAGGAUUUCCAGCUGCCUUAUUAUGACCUGGUGCCUUCAGAUCCGUCCAUUGAGGACAUGAAGAAGGUCGUGUGUGAGCAGAAACUCAGACCAAACAUUCCAAACCAGUGGCAGUGCUGUGAGGCCCUGCGUGUGGCGGGCAAACUGAUGAGAGAGUGCUGGUAUGCCAACCCCGCCGCACGACUCACCGCCCUACGGGUCAAGAAGACGCUGUCGCAACUGUCCAGCAUCAGAGACGUCAAAGAUUAGCACAGCAGGGAUGACCGCCAGCAAAGGUACCCCCGCCCUCGGUCCCACACGGUCUUCAGAAUACAACCUCAGAGAGCCGAAUUAGGUUGUUGGUGCCAAAGAAGUGUGGGAGGUGCCUGUGGCAGCUUAGCACCAAUGUUGAACCAAACAUGUGUGAGUAGGAGCCAUGUCGUAAUAGAAAACAUGUAAGAACAUGUGACUUUUGCUACCUCAGAUAAUAAAAAAGUGCCCGAACGCUCGAUAAACUUUUUUGUGCCAUUUCUCGUAGAGAACAGAGUUGCUGCGUAAAUAAUGUGCUAUUUGCAAAGGUUUCUCUGUAAAAAAAAAAAAAAAAAAUGGCACACUUACAGGACAUCCAUAAUAAUGUGCUUAUUGUAGUUCAUACUCCAAAACAACAGGGGGCAGCAUUGAUCCUGCACCAAUAUUUGAAGGUAUCAAAGGGCAACUCUUUUAAAGUUGAUUACUCACAGUGGAACCUCUGCAAUCAAACACUUCUAAUUGGUUUGGAUUUUUUAAUUUAUUAUUUUCAUCAGAAAUAUUGGAAACACAAAUAGUUCAUCAUAAAACAUUUUAUGAACCUGUCAUCAAAAAAUAAGUUAACAAAUAUUAAUCAAAUAAUUUAAUGACGGACGUGGUUGAAUGUAUUUUGAACAUGCAUGCAGUUACAAUAUGGUACAUCCCAUGUUUACACUUACUCAUUGAACCUUAAGGAGUACCGUAUUUUCCAGACUAUAAGGCACACUUAAAAUACUUUUUUCCCCCUCAAAACUCGACAGUGCGCCUUAUAACCCGGUGUGCCUACUGUAUGGAAUAAUUCUGGUUUUGCUUACCGACCUUGAAGCUAUUUUAUUUGGUACAUGGUGUAAUGAUAAGUGUGACAAGUAGAUGGCAGUCAAACAUAAGAGAUACAUGUAGACUGCACUAUGAUGGCGAUAUAACUCAAGUAAACAACACCAACAUUUUAUGUGUUCCUUUGAAAAUAUAGAACAUUACACACGGCACUCAAAAAUCUAGCAAAAUGUUUUAGUACGACUUUGGGAAGCUAUGAAGCCACACCGCUUGAUGGAUUUUAGGCGUGUGUAUAAGGUAAGACAUUAUCUGGCAUUUUGUUUUGCAAUAUUAUGCAAAAGCAACGUUUCUUACCUUCUGGUACCUGCUGAUCUGUAGUUGGGAUCUGCAUAAAUCUUGAAAAAUUGCGCGCAUCCGCCUUUGUAGUCCGUGCCGACACCGUGGUCGAUAAACUUCUUCUUUUUCUCUAUCUUCUUGUUAUGGGACAUUCAUCCUCCACUGUUGCCAUUUCUAAUAUAAAGUAGUGUGAAGUUCUUACUUAUAUCUGUCAGUAAACUCGCCAUGAAAGCGCUAAAACAUACCGGUGUAGUGAGUUUACAUUAUUCACCCAAGGAACUUUAGUUAUUAGAGAGUUCCAGUCGGACGGUUUUUCACGGGACACACUUGUUGUUGUUUCCGGAUGAGGAAAUGCUGCUCCGUUAUUGAUUGAAGUAAAGUCUGAAUGUCAUUAAAACAGUUAGCUCCAUCUUUUGACACUUUUUCCACCCCCGUCCUUGCACGCUACACCGCUACAACAAAGAUGACGGGGUAGAAGACGGUGAAAGGAAUAGAUGUAUAAAUGAGAUAGGCGCCAGCACCCCCCGCGCCCCCGAAAGGGACAAGCGGUAUUGAUUGAUUGAAACUUCUAUUAGUAGAUUGCACAGUUCAGUACAUAUUCCGUACAAUUGACCACUAAAUGGUAACACCCGAAUACGUUCUUCAACUUGUUUAAGUCGGGGUCCACGUCAUACGUGCCAACCCUCCCGAUUUUUCCGGGAGACUCCCGAAUUUCAGUGCCCCUCCCGAAAAUCUCCCGGGGCAACCAUUCUCCCGAAUUUCUCCCGAUUUUCACCCGGACAAUAAUAUUAAGGGCGUGCCGUGAUGGCACUGCCUUUAACGUCCUCUACAACCUGUCGACGCGUUCGCUUUUUCACCAUACAAACAGCAUGCCGGCCCAGUCACAUGUUGUAAGCGGCUUCUGCAUACACACGAAAGUGACUGCAAGACAUACUUGGUCAACAGCCAUACAGGUCACACUGAGGGUGGCCGUAUAAACAACUUUAACACUGUUACAAAUAUGCGCCACACUGUGAACCCACACCAAACAAGAAUGACAAACACAUUUCGGGAGAACAUCCGCACCGUAACACAACAUAAACACAACAGAACAAAUACCCAGAAUCCCUUGCAUUCCUAACUCUUCCGGGCUACAAUAUACACCCCCGCGCCCCCCAAUCUCCCGAAUUCGAAGGUCUCAAGGUUGGCAAGUAUGGUCCACGUUAAUCAAUUCAUGGUACAAAUAUAUACUAUCAGCAUAAUACAGUCAUCAUACAAGUUAAU